CCGCUCCCGGUCGCGACUUUGUAGCCCACGUUCGCCCGCCAUACAGUGCACGUAAAACAAUCCUCUGCACCACCGACCCCGUUUUUGGGUGAUUUUCCUCGCCUCCCACACCCCCGUCUGUUUCGUGUGCGCUGCGUCGAAGCCAUUCAUUCUACUUGUCCAGUGUGUUUGCUGUCUUUACUUCCUUUUCCCAUUCCUCCUCUCCACGCAUCACCAUUGCACUGCCCGCUGCACCCGUCCACUUCAUUCCGUCUAGCCGAGCCAAGCCAGCGCUCUCAGGUAGAAGACAGCCGCCGACCCGACCACCUCGCUGGCUGCCGUUCGACCCAUUUACCCGUGCGCCCACUGGAGGCAAAGACAGAAAAGGGGAGACGAAUCCAAAAGGGAACAGAACAGAACUGAACAGGCCGACGCAUCGAAAGCAACCCGACGCUGCUUCCAUCUACAUCCAGCGCCCUGUGCGCCCAUCGCCAACCGCCGCCCGAUACGCGACGCCCUAACUACUCCCCAGCAUUUGCAACGACUUCACCCGCUUCACCAUGAGCGCCGCCAUUGCAAUGGCACCGUCGCCGGCCCCUCACGACCGCCCUUCAUUCCCGUCCGACGUCUCUCCUUCAGCCCAGCGCACCGCGCUCCCUCCGCCUCAUGCCCAGCGCGUCGGCAGCGGUAGCCCCCGAGGCGUCCAUCCCGCAUCAGCAUCAGCAUCAGCACCGACCGCACAAGCCCUCACGGCAACCCCCUCCUCAAAUCUGGCUCCCGCCCUCAAGUCGUCACCCCCGAGCGCUUCGCGCAAUGGAUCGACACCCAAGAUAAUUGUGAAAAAGGAACCUGGGUCACCAGAGCACGCGCCUCGGCGUCGGCCUGGUCGGUUGGACCUGUCAAAGGGUGGCGGCUCCAACACCGCCGCACCAGGCACAGGUCGGCCCCUCACAGCGAGGGAUGGGUUGGGGAUCCAGGAGGUCGGCUUAGCCUGCCUCUCCCCGGGCUUCGUGACCCAGGAUCCGGUGAUGAAGGAGCAGCUUCAGCGCAGCAUGAGCGUCCGCGAGCAGCAGCGCCAUAUCAUCGAGGCGAGGCUCCAGCAGCAGUCGGCCAAGGGUGACGGCCCAGACCAGGGAAGGGACAAGGACGUGCUCGGGCAGUUCGCUGCCAAAACGCCCGGUAUGUCCCGCCGGAACAAGGCCCCUCCGGGCCUCAGCAUUGUCGCCCCGUCCCACGAGCAUUUCGCCCACGAACGUGUCAUCCAGUCCGCCCCGCUCGGCCAAACAUUCACCGGCAUGCACAGCCAUCACCCGCCUACUCGUCACAUCACCAACCAGCCUUCAAAACUCUCAAACACAUCCCAUAUACACCACGUCCCUGCCCACCAGACGAACAACCGCCUCCCACCCAUCUCGGAUGUCUUUGGUCAAGGCCUUUCCGGGCACCCUGACUCCGGUGGACACGCCCUGUUCGCCAAGCAGAGCGCGUCCAGGGGCCCGCUCGCAUCGCCGGGCCACCCGUCUUCCCAGCAACAUCCACAGCCACCCCUCUCCAGCAGGCCACGGGAGUACAAAUCCGCCGAGGAGGCGCAGGUGGAGCUAGCCGGCGGUCGCCCUGAGCUCCUGCCUAAAAUCGUGCACUACGGUGGCCACCAGCCACCGACCCCUCCGUCCCCGCAGCCUGGUCACCAGAGGGCCUCGGAUCCCAGCCGCAGCGCCAGCCGCAGGCGCACACGAGCAGAGUACGAGGAGGGCGCCUCUCCCCCGCUCGGCACAGGUCGACCCCCGCGCCGGGGACCUUUUGGAGAGGGCCGCGACAGCCCCGAGACACAGCGCGCGAAACGAGACGAAUUCCUUCGCAUCUGCGAGCGUGCUUGGGAUCUAUUUCACUCGUAGGCGGAGCUCACUGCCAUGUCAAGGUUUAGGCCACGUCUUCUGUGCGUGUUCUUCUUUUGUUUAUAUGUCUCUCUUGUCCGUCUUUCUCCCUCUAUUCUCUGGAGCCGAGUUUAUUUCUAUCUCUCCUUUCCUCCCUUUUCGGUUUUUCCUCCCCAUCGACUUACUCUGGAUGUCAUUCCUCCCGCACCUUCUCCCCCGCUUCUGCUUUUAGGCGCUGGGGCGCUUGCGUGGCAGCGUGCCGGACAAGUUGAAGCGCAACAACGUAGGCUGGUCUUUGUUUUGAUUUUUGCUUCUAUGAGAAAGGCGAUCUUGGGGUUUGUUUUGCUGGCUGGGAACAAAAAAAGACAACCAUUUUUCAGGUGAUGCUGCGAACACGGGUUCCCGGCCUAUCCUUUGUUAUUUUCUUCUCUUUUCCACCCUCGGUUUUUUCUUUUUCUUGGAUGGCUCGGAUGUAAUGUCUUUGUAUACAUUUUGGGUUUAUGGUUUGGAUGCCUAUAUCAGAUAUGAUCCUUCUCCCUUAUUCAUUUUUUGUGUGAUUGCCUUAUCAAGCAUGGCCAUGUCGAAGUUAGUCUGUAUGUACUUCACAAGGACACCUGGUAUAUAUCAAUCAUUUCUCGACACGUGAGAGCUCCCGCUUCUACCUAGCUGUCACGAGGAUGUCUGCGC